UUUCUCCAUCCAUUUCUCAAUUUUUUAUCCGUCCGUGAUUUGCCACUCCUAUAAUAGUGAAAAACGUUUUCACUUUUAAUAAAACGUGCUCCAGCGUGAAAUGUAGGUUGGUGUUCCUGCGGGAAGCGUGUGGAAAUGGCCUAGUCGUUAUUAAGAGUGCUACAAAAGUGAUUCAAGAUGACUGGGCGUCCGCGGGGAGUGUUUGGGAAGCUGUUCGCUAAGAAGCAGCAUAACAGAGAGGAGAGGGCUACGGAGAUUGGGAUGCCCACGAACGUUAAGCAACAUAUACAUGUCAGUAAGAAUUCUGAGACGGGCAUGCUGGAAGGGCUGCCAUCCUCGUGGUUGAGGCUCCUGAACACGCAGAUCACGCCCGCCGAGCAGAAUGAGAACCCGGACGCGGCCAUCCAGGCCGUCAAGUUCCACAUGUACACCAUCAAGAAGGAGAAAGCGCUAGAUGAACCCUUCAAACCCUUUGUUACUGCAGAGGCAAUCACCGAGGAAGAUUUGGAGAUAGAGAAGUUGCUAGACAAGAAAAACCAUCAGAGCCAGGACUCUGACCUUUCUUUAGGCCAGAGCAGUGAGGAGGAAGCUGUUCAGAAUGAUAAGCCAUCAUACGGUCACCGGGCAACAAUGCCAGCAAUGCCGCACAAAAAUAGUAUUAAAAAGAAAGACCCGCUGUCGGACUUGAGUGCAGUUGUGGAAGACCUGACUCUGAUUGGUAAAGAGCCAGAGGAGAGCCCAAUCCUGAGGAAGAAGGAAAUGAUGAAUGCAAUGAUGUCAGAUGAGGAGAUUUAUGAGGAGUUGAGGAGAAUUUGCAACCCUGACGAUCCUCACGUGAGGUUUGAGAGGGUCAAGCAACUGGGUGCUGGGGCUUCAGGUGUAGUGUUCAUCGCAAUAGACAGUAAGGACGGCUCCCGUGUCGCCAUCAAGGACAUAGACUUAACCAAACAGUCCAAGAAGGAUCUCAUACUCAACGAAAUUAAUGUCCUGAAAGGCUUCAACCAUAAGAACCUGGUCAAUUUCUUAGAUGCCUUCCUCAGUUACGACCAUCUGUGGGUGGCCAUGGAGCUGCUAGACGGAGGGUCCUUGACCGAUGUAGUCACAGAAGUAGUCAUGAAGGAAGGCCAGAUCGCAGCCGUCUGUCGGGAAACCCUCCUAGCCAUAGCGUUCCUUCACUCCAAAGGAACCAUCCACAGAGACAUCAAGUCAGAUAAUGUUCUACUUGGAAUGGACGGCACGGUCAAGGUAACAGACUUCGGUUUCUGUGCCAACAUUGUUGGUGACGAGAAACGACAGACCAUGGUCGGGACUCCUUACUGGAUGGCGCCUGAAGUUGUCACCAGGAAGCAAUAUGGCAAGAAAGUCGACGUCUGGUCGUUGGGUAUAAUGGCGAUCGAGAUGAUUGAAGGGGAGCCGCCAUACAUGAAGGAGACGCCUUUGAGGGCUUUGUAUCUGAUCGCGGCGGUGGGUCGCCCGAAGAUUCCGAGGUGGGAAAACCUUUCUCCGGACUUCCAGGACUUUUUGGACAAGUGCCUUCAAGUGGAUGUGGAUAUGCGAGCGACGGCCGACGAGCUGCUCGCGCACCCGUUCCUCAAGUGCGCGAUGGAACUGCGCACCCUCACGCCCCUCAUCAAGGCCGCACAGAAAAUACUCCACAAAAGCUACGAGUGAGACUGGUAAUGCUUCCAUUCCCCACUAUAAUUAUUUUUUUUACCAAUAUUUCCACUUUUGUAACCGUUUACAAUUCGUAUGUACAAUUUCUUGUUGGAAUGCAAUGUGGUGCCAAGUAAAUGGAUAGUUUAGGGAAGGUUUCACGUAGGUAUGACUGGAAUUUUAUAAAUAUAUGCGAUUUGUUCAUCGCGUUAUUAAAUACAGGGCAUUAUUGACAAAUUGGCGCCUGAUAAUAGCAAGAAAGAAUCGAUAACAUACUCGUAAGUUAUUUUAGACGCUUUGAUAGGUAGGCUAUAUGCGUUAGAUAUGGGGCGUAAAUGUUCACACGUUGUAUAUUCUAAAACGGUAAUACUUUUGACAAUACAAUCUAGUAUAGAGCUUUGUCUUAUCAGAUAAAACUACGCGAGUGUAGAUAUAUGCUAUCAGCUACCGAUAUAACGUCAGAUAUGUACAUCACUUUGCGACCGCCGUCGUGAAACAUUAUGUACAAUUAUAUGCCAUAUUUAAAUAAAUUGGAAACGAUCGAAUUAGAUAUAUAAAGUUGAUUAGUUUAGUUACUUAAAAAUAUCUGUCCAAAUUGGUUUACACGAAUUUUAAACUUAUGUUUCUUGGGGCUAUCAUUUGUAGUUAAUCUAUAUAGUUUUUUUAAUUGUUUCGAAAAUUAUUACUUUAUAAUGGUAAGUAAAAACUUGCACAAACUUUCAAUGUUACCAACAUGCAAGAUAGACGACUACGGUGGGUUUUACUCAUGGAUUGGUGCACUGAUUUAUGUUUUACCAAAAAUGUAAAUAAACGUUAUUUUUAACUAGUCUUAGUAAAACUUGCACCAUACCAUUUUCAAAAUUUCCAAUUGACGCACAUUCCUUUUAAUUUCCGAUCUAUAAACUAUUUUGAUACUGUGCUUUUCGUGCUAGAUUAUAAUUAAAUAUACUAUAUUUCUAUAAGACUGUAAUUCCAUGCUCACGUUAAAAUCGAACAAUAAUUUGACAAGUUGCACUGCCCCUAUAUAUAUAGAAUUGGAUAUACCUAAUAUAAUGUAGGUCUUAUGGUAUUUGUAUAAUAUGUACAAUUGGUGUUUCGCUAAUUCAAAAUUAUUAUACAAUUUCCUUAAUUAAAAUAAGCCAAGGAAAAGCUACAUUUUUUUUAAAUAUUUUAUUGUUUUUUCCUCUAAAAUAAAUAGGUGCAAUACAAGAUUUUAGAAAUCAACUUUUAACCAAAUCACAGUUAAGUACAAAAUGUACUUUUAAAUUGUAUUUUAUGUAUAAGUAUUAUUGUAAUUGUAUUAUUUUCGCAUUUUUUACUCCUGUAGCCAUAAAACGAGUAGGUAUUUCACGUAUCCCUUGAAUCUUUGAGGUAACAGGACAUUUGGCGACGUUGGCGAAUAGAUGAGUCAUAGAUACUAAAAACAGACUGAAUCAUACAUACAUAAUCUUCAUAAAAUAAACCAAAAAGGGCCUUAUUAAAGAUAGUAAGAAAGACUGAAUUGUUACUAACGUUGAUUCGUACAUAAUCAUGACAUAACCCGAGUGGUGUGGCUAACUUACCCCCAGUCACCCCACGGAGCACAUUCCGCGAAUUUCUAUGACUCAUUCGUCGUCGCAUGGCUAAGUGCUACGCUACAUAGCUUGCGGUAGACCUUUGUAAAAUUCGGAAUUACGUUUUUUUUAUACAAAGAAUCAUCACAGGCCUUUACAUCUUUAUCAGAUGAUUCAAACAACGUUUCUGUGGCAGCUUUUAAAAUGGCUGUAAAGUCCGAUGCGAGAGCGACAGUAGCGGCCGCACGACUGGCAUUGUAGUUGAGGGUUAUUAGACGGCACAGGUGGUAAAUCAGCCCUUUGAAAGGGCUGAAACAAAGAAUAUCAAAUAAUAAUUUGAUGAGAUUAAUCCGUGUACGGUACGGUCACAAGUGCUAAUAUGUAUACACUUUGAUGUCACAUUAACUUUUUUGACAAAUUAAACCGUAAGUCUCAUUAAAUGUCAAGUAUGAUAGGGCGAAAGGGUUCUAAAGUGGGUACGGUCACGAGCAUUAAUAUGUACCUAUACACUUUGGUACCAUGUCACAUUAACUUUUUUGACAAAUUGAACUGUAAGUCACUAAAUGUCAAAUAUGUUAGUGAGACAGAGUCCUAAAGUGGGUACAUUAUAUUACUCUUGACUGUACUGUGUCACCGACAUUCUUCUGACAAUGUUACCAAGAUGAAACCGACUAGCAUGUACAGUCAUGAGCAAAAUCAUGUACCCACUUUAGGACCCUGUCUCACUAUCAUAUUUGUCAUUUAAUGAGACUUACAGUUUAAUUUGUCAAAAAAGUUAAUGUGACAUGGUUUCAAAGUCUAUACAUAUUAGUACCUACUCGGGAUCGUAUGCAAAUAAUGACGCCGGAAGUUAGUGAUCUCUACCUAACUAUAAAAGGCGUGAGGCGUGACAUAUGUUUGUUUGUAGAUAUCUGUCUAAUCUACUUACCUGAAAAAUCAUACCGUCGGAAAUAGAAAGAACCUUUUUGUAAGUGGGUAAAAAUAACAUAACUAAUUGCCCAAUUGCAGUAGCCAGAGCUACAUUCACCGCAUGAUGACCUAAGUACCCACCUCUACGAGCUUUCUGUAAGACUAAUGUUCAAAAAAAUUAAAAUUUAAAAACCCCUGACCAGAAAAAAGUACGCUAACAGCAGACCAGCUCAGUGGUUCCAGAAAACAUUAGUGUUUCAAAUGUCAGAUCCCACAUAUACUUGCAAGCAAACUGAGCGUGUAACAUUCCUUUCACAUCUAACAAACGACCUGAUGACCUCGAAGACCUGAACCGAUUUCCACCAAACAGCUAAGAACACUCUCGACUGAUAUACCUUUCAAACAAAAAAAACUGCAUUAAAAUCGGAUCAUCCGUUUGGGAGCUACGAUGCCACAGACAGACACGUACACAUUUCCACACACACACAGACACGUCAAACUUAUAACACCCCGUCGUUUUUGCGUCGGGGGUUAAAAACGAUUGAAAACGUAGGUAUUACAAAGGUCUACCAAAUGCAUAGCGUUCAAUGUAAUUGUAACUUGUCGACCGCGAGUGCCUGCUUGACUAACACCCGUAUUCUGAGAUGUUAACUCCAACCUCGACCCCGUCCUCAGUUGAGCGACCUCAAGGCCUUCCUCGAACUCACCUCAAAAUCGGUAUUUAGAGACGGCGCCUCAAUCUUGAGUUUACUGCAGUACGGCAUUACGUCAUUAUUUUCGUAUUCUUAUGUUGGCAGUAUGACAUUCUCGACUCCAGUGAGUAAAGUUCUCAAGUCGGGGACGUAAAUAUCAACUUAAAAUACCAAAAUGCUCAGCUGAGGCAGAGUCGAGUGAACAUCUUAGAAUAUGGAUGGAAGCGUUAAUUUAGGUGUAUUUUAGAUUAGCUUUAAGCAUAGCAUAGCGUAGUGCAAAAACACAACGAAACUUGUGUAAAUUGUAUUUAAGCUACAUUGCUUUAGACUAAGUUUAUAUACACCAAUGACACUUUUGGAACAUUUUAUUGAUACAGAUUUGCCUAUUAAAUUAUUUUUGUAAAAUUA